GCUGUCAUCUGUGUCGUCGACUCGUCGUCGAUUAUCAUUUGUUGUAUUUGGUACUCCGUCCAGUUUUCCAGUUCUUUAUUUACCAAAAGUUUUAAAAAAUAAAGCUUUGGUUCAAAGUACGAACAGACGCCCAAAAUGGAUGAAGACAAUGCAGUGAGAAUAAUUUGUUUCGUUUGCCUGCAGAGUGAUGCACCGAUCAUUAAAUUUAAAGAAGACACCUUGCAGAAAUGCAAAUACUCCUUGGCAGUUCGUUUGACGAAUGAGUUAAAAGAUAAGGACAAAACUUUGCCUACGGAAAUUACGGACGCAUCAAUUGGGUAUCACAGCACGUGCUACCGUAGUUUUAAUGCCAUCGGCAAGAAAUAUAAAGAUAUUUACAAAGAAGCCAACACCUCCAUAGGGAAUGAAAAUGUACCUGGAAAUAUUCCAGAAUCAGAGGCAGGAACUAGCACAACGCAAGUGCAAUCACCUUGCUCUUCCCAACGAAUACCUUCGCCAACAAUUACCUUUGUAGACAUCAGAUCAACUGCAGAAGAUGGGGACUCAGAUACAAAGUUAGAUACAGCUGAAGCAUGCAUAUUUUGUAGUAAGAAGUAUAAAUGUCACAAGCAUAGUAAAAUCAAACUGAGCAGCACUACAAACUACACAACAAUGAAUGCUACUAAAGAGUAUGCUACAAAGAUCAACGAUUUCGAGUUAUUGGUAAAAAUCCGCAACAAAAUAACCAAAUGCCGACCUAUCACGUAUCAUAGGCUAUGCAAAGUCUUAUAUCAAAGACGUGCUGAACAACAAAUACGAAAUGGAAUAAAAAUCGGGACAUGCAUGCAUCCAUAUAGCACAUAACUCUCAGCAUAAUAUUCAAAUCUCUGACAGGUAGCAAAAAAGUGUAAUAUAAAUAUACAUAAAGGCACAAGGAAGCAGAUAUCAAAAUAAUAUAUCAUACACACUGUGCCACAUAGAUUGUUAUUAAGCGAAUUGUGUAUCUAAAUGGAUUUUGGCACAGGCUGUACAAGCGAAAAAUUUAUGAGGCAAAUGAAGUGAGAUUUCAUGUCUUCACGAAAUCAUACAGUAUGUCCCAAACCAGGCAGGAUUUUGUUUUACGUCUGGCCCCCUUUCGCAGCGCAUGAUAAGGAACUUCGUUCCAAAGAAUGAUUAAAUUUUUUUUUUUCAAAUAUGUGUUCGCUUACUCACCAAAGCUAGUUCAAAAAAGGUUUUAUACCCAUAUCUAUGCCAGCUGAUAUGUUGUGGUCCAGGGUAGUCUUUAUAAGCCGACUUUGCACUAACCUCGGUCCAAUCAUUGGAACCUUGGUGAUUAUUUACAAUGAGAUUCAUAAAGAUUAAAAACUCCUUUAAAAAUGUUU